AUGAGAGUCACACAAAUACUACGGGGCGGUGGAGGCAAGGUGCCCUACCCAAAGCACGUCUGGUCUCCCGCCGGAGGCUGGUACUCACAACCCGCGAACUGGAAAGCGAAUACAGCAGUCAUGGGAGGAGUGGUAGCGGGUAUCGUUGCAUUGGCUUGGGGAUACAGCGCGGAGCAUGAAUUCAGGAAUGAGAUGCCAAGGCCCGAUAGAUUCUUCCCAUCGCGAUACUGGAGCAGGCAGAUCAUCGAGCACGAGCGAGCACAGAAAGCUAAGGAGAGCGAGUCAUGA